UUCUUCAAAAAUGGAUUCUCAUAAGUUCAUUGUAAUGAAUAGAUCAAGGUUAGGAUUUGCUCCUUCUACUCAGUUAGCACUAAGAAUCGUCCUAUGUUUCAUUCCGCUACUCCUGACCGAGAUGUUAGCUACUGUUGUUUACAAAUAAAGAUCUGCUGAUCAGGACUUACUACCUGACCUGCCUAGGAGGCUUCCUUUGCUUAAUCACUGAAACUAUCGGAGUCUAUGUUGUUCUGAAAGAAGUUAGAGGCCAACCUCUUGGCCCUAAGCUAGGAAGGGUGCAUCACCUACUGUUUGAGAUCUGAUUUGUAGCCCAAUACUGAAUCGCUCUAGUUUAUUGGAUAGUCAUGUUUGAGAAAGAAUAUCAAAAGAAAAAGAAUGAUAAUGUAAGACUUGCCCUGGCUAUUGCGCACCAUUUAAUCCCAGUACUUGUGGUUAACCUCGACCUCGUCUUGUCACAGUUCAAGUUUAAGAAAAGCGAUUUCGUGUACAUUUUUAUCUUCGGAAUUUUAUUUUGAAUAAAUAACUUUGCCCAAACUAAGUUGAUGACCAGAGACCCUUAUGACUUCCUGACAUGGGAGAGCUAUGACUCCUUGUAUGUUGUAUUUGGCUUAGCAAUAACUUUUGGAUUAUUCUACUUAGUCCUCUGAUGCAUUUUGGACAAGCUAACAACAACCGAAGAGAAAGAAAAGGCCGCUUAAAAUCUAAGUAAAUCUACUCUAUCCUCAAUA